AUGCGGGAAAACAACCUCGAGCGGCGAUCAUCCCUCGUCAUGCGCCGAAACAUCCCGGUGAUAGGACUGUUUCCACGUUACGAAUAUGAUCCUGGGCCUAGCAAUGAAACACAACUACCGGUACUACUAGUUCCAGUUAAUGGAGGAAUACCACAGCUAGCAAACAUAACCCAACAUCUCGAGAAGGCUGCAGAGGACAUUAUGAGUACCAUUCCAGAUCCAAAGUAUAAUGGUGUCGCCGUCAUUGACUGGGAAGCUUGGCGUCCCCAAUGGAAAGAGAACUUUGACAUGAUGCGCAUCUAUCAGGAAAAGUCGAUCGCGCAUGUGAAAGAGCUGCAUCCUGAAUGGGACACUGCCAUGGUUGAGUCCGUUGCUAUGCUAGAGUGGGAAGAAGGUGCCAAGCUUUUCAUGGAAAGCACUCUGGAGUUGGCGAAGACACUGCGACCAAACACCACCUGGGGUUUCUAUAUAUACCCGCUCUGUCUAAUCCAUGGAGAUACAGCCAAUAUGAGUUGCACAGCUGCAUCAAUGACGAAUAACAACAACAUCAUGUGGCUUUUCAACGGGAGAACCGCACUUUAUCCAUCAAUUUAUCUCAGACCUUUCCAUUUCUAUCAGAAGUUGUAUGUUAGAAGUAAGUUGCAGGAAGCUUUGAGGGUCAGGCAGAGGUCCGAUGAUCCUCAAGGAGUUAUCAUGAGCUACACAAGAUUCAACUACUCUCACACAGGUCUCUUCUAUAGUCUGGAAGAUUUGAACAACACCAUCCUGCAGUCGGCCGAGUUUGGCACUAAUGGCGUCAUACUCUGGGGUAACGCUUCGGAUGUCUCGACUGCACAGGAGUGUACACAGCUGCGGAGCUACAUCAUCAAUGCCUUGGGUCCUACGGUGAUGAUGUCACGGAAUGGGGCGGAGUCUUGCAGCAAGAGGAUAUGCAGUGGAAACGGAAGAUGUGUCGGGGACAUACUAACAUGUAGGAGUGCUGGUAGACCAAGGGACCUGAUGAAAGCGGGUGUAGAUCAAGAUCAUGGAGAGAAUACCUGCUCUUGUAGGUGUUUCAGGGGUUGGAAAGGUUAUACUUGCAGUGUACGUAUGUAAAAACUAUUUGACGUGAUAGGCAGGUAUUUAUUUCCUUCAGGCUUUAGCAAGUAAUUCACUGACACUGUGUUGCACUAAAAUAAACCUGGUAGGUCUUCCAUAAAGCUGUCCCUAAAUUACGAGCAUCUUCACAAAACGACCGGUGAUCCAUUCUGAGUUGCUAAAUUAUAAUCAGUGAAAAUGUGGUGGAUAUCGUUUACCACAAAAAGGCACUUGUAUAGUUGCUCUGACUUAUUAUGAACAGCUUUAUGAAAUACCCACGUGGUGUUGAGAUUGGAUUCAACUCCCUUAACCCUAUAUAGCCCGGGCAAUUUUGAAAUUGCAUAGCCAGGGGGGGGGAAGGGCCUAUUAGGCCCCCCCCCCUCAGAUCUUGGCCGUUUAUUGACCGAUUGCGACCAAAUUUGGUGUGUGGGUGUGUCAUUAUGUAUUUUACAAGAAUGCGUUGUCAAAUUUGUGAUAUUAUCUUUUUUUUUAUUUAU